GGCUGGUCGUCCAGAGAGAGAGCAACUGUUUCCCUCACUUUCCCUGAAGGUAUCACUGGAAGGAAGUCGCGAGAUGAAAAGCCAUGUUUAUUGCAACAGGCAAGCGCAUCGACUUUCUCAAAGCUGAGAGCUAGCCCUCUUUCCUCAUGAGCCGACCUAUGUUUGACUUUCUCCUCAGCGAAGCAGCUGCAAAACAUCAACAAAUCAUAUCACCAUGGCUGCACCAGCCCCUGGGCCACCUCCCCCAGCAGGCUUGCUCGACGACGACGACACACUGCCUCCACUCAAGCGCCUGGAUGAGAACGUACUCCAUACCACCCAAGACUCAACGAAAGAGCUGGCCGGCCGCAUCUUCAAAGCGGAAGGCAUUACUCGAGAUGCCUUCAUGAAAUUCGACAUAGUCGCCAAAAACAGGCUCAUGUACCGUGCCUCAAUGAUCAUAACGCACGUGCCCGGAUAUAUGAGCAGACUGCGAACUUCUGUACCCCUCAAAGACGAGAAUCCUUUCAUCGAAAAAGAUACCAUGGCGUUCAGAGCAAUCUACAACUGUCUGACCGAGAACAAGGAUGUUCUGGGCAGAGUAAUGAAGCACUUCGAGUGGGCUGAGAAGAUGAAUGCACAGAUGAACGAGGAAGAAACCGAAUGGGAGACGGAUGAGGAUAUUGAUGAGGAGGCCGAGAAGACCAAGGAGAAACCCGAAGAAUCUGAAACCGAAGAAAACCACCAGGACUGGGAUGGCCCCGCUGGCGACGAUGCCUACUCACUGAUUUGCAAGCUCUUGGCCGACAAUCCAGAAGUUACGGAGGUGUUCAUCAGAGAGGUGGAGCGCAAGUGUGGCUUUGGAGAGGAACACGUGAUGGUUCUCAACAGUCUCAACGAAUGGGCUGUGGUCAGAGAAAGGCUUGCUACUGUGUUCAGGAGGAGAUCCGACAGCAGUGGCCGUCUUUACCACUACAGAACCUGAAUAUGCUCUUGUCAACAUCCUGGCCGCCCGCCGUCCAUUGAUACUCAACUUGGUCGCUCGUUUAGGUCACAAGCAUGAAACACUUUUGGCAUACUCAUCAGAAGGACUACAUAAUUAUCGCACAGCACAAGAUAGUCCUCGACUAUCAUCACAUUCAUAGAGAGCUUCUGCGUCCACCCUUGGGCACAUAGUAGGGAAGCAUUGUACAUUGCAUCAGUCAAUUUCAGCCUUUAUUUCGAAGAGAUAUUUAGACAACUAUCGUUGAGGCGGUGAUAAGUUGAUGGCUGUUAGGUCUGAAGGAUUUUAUCGACUUUCAACGCCAUGUCGCCGGUAGGUAGGUAGGUGCUACGAGGUGGCAGCCGCUCG